UAUCUUUAACAGCUAUUCUGAAUUUCAUCUCAGCAACUCUAUCAAGUAUAUUGGAUACAGGCCCGUCUCAAAUGUUAUCAUCUGAUCAUCGAGUUUGCUAAAAUGGAAAUAGCUACUCUGCCUCUGAACGCGAUUGUACCAGAAGUUCUUGAAAAAGAUAAUUAUGGAAGGUGGAGCAUUUUAAUAGAACACUACUUAGUGGCUCAAGAUGUUUGGGAUGUUGUUGAUCCAAGCCAGACGACUGAAGAAAUGAAUGAGAGGGUGUGGAUUAAAAAGAAUGCUUUAGCUCUACAUACCAUUAAGAUUUCAUGUGGUGCAAAGGAGUUUGAUCUAAUAAAGAACGAAAAGUCAGCCAGAGAUGCUUGGAAGGCAUUACUUGAUAUGCCGAAGGCUAUGGCUGGGGGAAAUCGUGGAACAGGGCGCAGGGGUAGACCACCCCUAAGUGCGCGUGCUGGUGGGAGAACUCCAUUAGUUGCUAGGAGCGAGCCUGUUAAUCGAGAUGAGGUUGAGGUGGAUGAUGUUCAAAAUGAGUCAUUGGACUCUUCUGCAAGGAAUCAUGAUCAACAUAAUACAAAUGUUGGACAAAGUCAACAGUUGGGACAACAAAGUCAACCAAAUUUCAUGGAAAUUAUGCAGACUAUGGCAAAGACUAUGGCUGAACAACAAGAGUUAGUCAAGUCCUUGGCAGAGCAACAAGCAAGGGUAAUUGCAGAGCAGCAAGAAAAGGUUUCAACACCACAGCCUAUCCACAAGGGAGGCUUAGCAGAGUUUGUUAAGCUUGCUAAGCCUUUCCAUGGAGAUUUGAAGGAUCCACUAGAAGCAGAAAAUUGGAUCAAGGAAAUGGAGAAGACUUUUCGGGGCAAGCACACUUCCCCAAUUGACUGGAGUACCUUCACCGAAGCAUUCCUUAGGGAGUAUUUACCUGAAAGUGACAGACAUGAGAUGCAGCAAAAAUUUCAUACCCUUGUCCAAGCCGACAAGUCUGUGAAGGAAUAUGAGAAGGAAUUCAACCGGCUUUUAAAGUUUGCUCCUCUGGCUACUCAAAAGGAUGAGGAAUCUAGGAGGUUGAAAUUUCUCUAUGGGCUGAAUCCAUAUAUUCUGUCUGAGGUUCAGAAAUUUGAAGUAAGUACAUACUCUACAACAGUUAACAAAGCCAAAGUGAUAGAGCAAGGUCAGAAAGUAGUUAUAGCAGCAGAGGAGAGUAGUGUUGGCACUAAGAAACAGAAAUGGAUGGGUGCCUUAAGCGGGAAAGAUUCCACUAAUCACAGUUUUAUACAGAGCAAAAGACAAAACAUAGGAUUUUCUGGGAAUCGAAUGCACCAGGGGGGAAAUGUUCAGUGUUGGAGAUGUCGGGGGCCCCAUGAACCCAAGGAUUGUAGAUGGCUGUUAGGUUUGUGCUUUAAGUGUGGUCAAGCUGGGCAUCAUGCAGCCAAUUGUAUUCAUGCAAGGUACCCACCAAAUUCAUGUUUCAAAUGUGGGCAGCAGGGACAUAAGGCCAUUAAUUGUCCUCAAGGUAGACAAAACACCCAGGUUACUCAACGUGCUCCAGCUAAUCAAUCAGUUGCCAGCGAGAGAGCAUCUACUGCAGGUUCAAGUAAAGGAGUAAGUCAGAAAUCUCCAGUUAAGGGUCGUGUUUUUGCUUUGACUCAACAGGAUGUGCUGGCAUCUAAUGAUGUAGUGACAGGUAACACUAGAAGGUCACCUCCAAUGAUCCUAUAUGCACUACAAGCUCAUCGAUUAUUAAGUAGAGGUUGUGAGGGUUACUUGGCUACUGUUAUUGAUAAGGAAUUUGAUGAAUUGCAACUUCAAGACAUUAAUGUGGUGCGAGAUUUCCCUGAUGUAUUUCCAGAUGAAUUGUCUGAAUUACCACCGAAUAGGGAAGUGGAAUUUUCUAUUGAUUUGGUUCCUGGAACAGCUCCAAUCUCUAAGGCUCCAUAUAGGAUGGCCCUUACCGAACUCAAGGAGCUAAAGGAGCAAUUGCAAGAGCUGUUGGAUAAAGGUUUUAUAAGGCCAAGUGUGUCACCUUGGGGUGCUCCUGUGUUAUUUGUGAAGAAAAAGGAUGGAACCAUGAGACUCUGUAUUGACUAUAGAGAGUUGAACAAGGUGACAGUACGUAACAGGUAUCCUUUGCCUAGAAUUGAUGAUCUUUUUGAUCAGCUGGUGGGAGCUCAAGUUUUCUCUAAAAUUGACUUGAGAUCUGGAUACCAUCAAUUGAAGAUCAAGGGAGAGGAUAUUCCUAAAUCAGCCUUCAGAACCCGCUAUGGGCAUUAUGAAUUUCUGGUGAUGCCAUUUGGGUUAACUAAUGCUCCUGCAGCGUUCAUGGAUUUAAUGAAUAGGGUGUUUAAGCCGUACUUAGAUAAAUUUGUUGUGGUGUUCAUUGAUGAUAUUUUGGUGUACUCUCGAAGUAUAGCAGAACAUGAAGAACAUUUACAGCUAGUUUUACAAGUUCUGAGGGAGAAAAAGCUUUAUGCAAAGCUGAAGAAAUGUGAGUUCUGGUUGAAUAGUGUUGCAUUUUUAGGACAUGUGGUGUCUAAGGAUGGAAUUUCAGUAGAUCCGGAAAAGGUUAAAGCAGUGGUAGAAUGGAGUAGACCUACUAAUGUGACUGAAGUUCGGAGCUUCUUGGGCUUAGCUGGGUAUUAUAGAAGAUAUGUGGAGGGAUUUUCUCGUAUUGCAGUUCCAUUAACUCGAUUAACCCAAAAGGGUGUGAAAUUUGAGUGGACAGAUGAAUGUGAACAAAGUUAUCAAGAGUUGAAGAGUAGAUUGGUCUCUGCACCUAUUCUGACUAUUCCUGAUGAUAGUGGUGGUUUUACAAUUUUCAGUGAUGCUUCAAUGAAAGGGUUGGGUUGUGUUUUGAUGCAACAUGGCAAGGUGGUAGCUCAUGCCUCAAGACAGUUGAAACCAUAUGAGAGGAAUUAUCCAACUCAUGAUCUCGAACUAGCGGCAGUUGUUUUUGCUCUUAAAAUUUGGAGACAUUAUUGAUGAGUUUAAUUUUUAUAUGGAUUUAUCUACCCUUUUUGAGCCUAGAAUUUAAUAUUAUGGGUCCUUUGUAACUUAGUUUCACCUUUGUUUAUAUUAAUUUCAUUAUUUAUAGGUGGAAAUUAAGAUAGGAAUUAAUUUUGCAAUAAGUGACAAUUUGCACAUACUGCAGUAAUUUAACCAUAUCUUUUUCUCUAGGUAUCGGAUUGAGUUGAUUCUUCAGGCGUUGGAAAGCUAAGAGGCAGAGCUACAAUUGAUGUUUUAUGAGCUCAACCCAGUUUCUUCUGUAUCAAUACAGAAUUGAAGUUAAAAGUGACGGUUUUGACAAGACAGUGCAGAAAUAAAGGGAAUUGGGCUGUGUUUUUUAGGUUUGGGCCAACUGCAGUCCAGGCCCAAACCAAAGCCCAAUUCCCAUGUCUGCUAGGGUUAAGGGGUUUCUAAUUUUUGGAGAUAUAUAUAGAUGCUACUCAGCAGAAACAGAGGAGACACACAGACGCAAGAGAGUUGUUCUACGCGAGAGGAGUUGUUCUGCGCAACAGCACCCAGCCGCCCACAUCCCAGCCACCCACAUCUGUUGUUCACCAGCAGAAGAAGAGGACAGCCACGCGAGAUUGCUCUGCACAUU